AUGCCAAGCACCUUUUCCCAUGUGUAUGUUCUUGCACACACAUGCAUGGGUUUGUAAUUUGAAACUCUCUUUACUUCUGGACAGGCUUUGCAAACUGCUUAGACCACAUUCUCUGAGGUGUUUAAAGAGGGUGGAGUAUGCAGUAUUUAUUUAGGUACUCUACAAACCUUAAUAAGAAUUGAGUGCUUGUAGCAAUUGCAGAGAGCAAACAGAAAGCCAGCUGGCAGAAACUGAACAGUGCCACUGCAUUUUUAUUGCUUCUAACCCCAAAAAACAAAUUAUUACUUAAAAAAAUGUCUUUUUUAAUUUCAUUUCUCUCUGAUCCUGCAUUAGUUUGUCUGCUGUGUGCAGCAGUAUUAUUAGCUGUAGCCUAUUUUUCAACUGGCUAUAAAAAUUCAGCUUUUAAAUUACCUCCUGGUCCAACUCCUCUUCCGAUCAUUGGUAACCUGCACUUGGUGGAUCUUAGAAGGCAAGAUAAAUCACUGAUGAAGCUUGCAGAAAAAUACGGCCCCAUCUUCACCCUCCACUUUGGGUUCCAGAAAGUUGUGGUCCUGACCGGGUACGAAGUUGUGCGAGAGGCGCUUGUGAACUACACAGAGGAGUUUGUAGACAGACCAUCCAUCCCAAUAUUUGACCAAAUUCAGAAUGGAAACGGUCUGUUCUUCUCCAUCGGGGAGCUGUGGAGGACCACGCGCAGGUUCACCGUGUCCAGCAUGCGCAACCUCGGCAUGGGGAAGCAGAUGAUCGAAGGCAGGAUCUUCGAGGAGCUCCACUUCCUCAUCGACAUGAUCAAAUCCUUCAAAGGGGAGCCUUUCAGCCUGCCCUCCUUCAACUGCGCUCCCAUCAACAUCACCUUCAUCAUGCUCUUUGGGGACAGGUUUGACUACAAGGACCCAACAUUUCUCACUCUCCUAAGACUCAUAGAUGAAGUUAUGAUUCUUCUGGGAUCCCCAAAUUUAAAUUAUUUCAAUUUCUACCCGUUCCUGGGAUUUCUUUUCAAAACCCACAAGAUUAUGCUCAAGAAAAUCGACGAUGUACGUGCCAUUUUAAGACAGUACAUGAAGGCAAGCAGGGAGGAUAUCAAUGAGAACAGUGUGAGGAGCUACAUCGAUGCCCUGAUAUUCAAGCAACAAGAGGAGAAGAACAAGAAAGACAGCCUCUUCCAUGAUGACAACUUAAUGGCAUCCAUACUUGACCUGGUCAUGGCUGGAACAGAGACCAUUGCCACCACGCUCCAGUGGUCCAUCCUGCUCAUGAUGAAAUACCCAGAGAUUCAAACAAAGGUUCAGGAGGAGAUUGGGAGAACAGUCAAGGCUGGGAGCUGGGCCACGUACGAGGACAGGAAGAACAUGCCCUACACCAACGCUGUGCUGCACGAGGUGCAGAGGUUCAUCACCCUCCUGCCACACGUGCCUCGCUGCACUGCUGUUGACACCCACUUCAGGGGCUACUUCCUUCCCAAGGGUAUAAUUGUAAUCCCAUCCCUUACCUCAGUGCUGCUGGACAAGACACAAUGGGAGACACCACAUCAGUUCAACCCCAAUCACUUUCUCGAUGCUGAAGGGAAUUUUGUAAAGAAAGGAGCUUUCCUGCCCUUCUCCACAGGGCGAAGGAACUGCAUUGGAGAAAGCCUGGCCAAGAUGGAGCUGUUUGUCUUCUUUGUAGGGCUGCUCCAAACAUUCACUUUCCGACCCCAGCCAGGCGUUUCAGAGGCUGACUUGGACCUCACCGUCCCCCAAACGACUUUCACAUUGAGACCUCAGCCUCAGGCAACCUGUGCUAUCCUGAGGGAAUAACCACAGCCUUGUCCCAGAGCUUUGGGGUCCAGGACCCCACCUUUGCUCAAAGUCGCCAUCCCCCAUCCUGCCACAGCACCACAUCCCCUUCCCACUGUCUCCAGCCACUCUCCCUCCACUGCUCCAUCCCCCAAGGGCUGCUCUUGGCUCCUGUGCUGUGGGGGAGAUGCAAACACAAACCAUGGUGCUGACAAUCACACCCCACUUCUCAAGACAGACCGUGCAUGGAGCUGCUGAAGGACCAAGCCCUGCUGGAAGGGAUGCAGCCCAAGAGCAGUAGGGACAACACCCAGGCUCCCAAGGGUCACCAUGUCACAAAAAUCUGCCCAGAAUCCUGAGGAAGAACAAGCCAGGGUUUGCUGGAACCCUCAGAAAGACACCAUGGGUCACAGGCUUGAGCCAUCCACAGACACCUCCUGAGCUUCUCCACAGCUCACAGCAAAAUCCUACCAGGAUUUCACCCACCAGGCAGCCAAGACAAACACCAAGAGUGGAAAAACUGAUCGGUUCAAGUGAUUUGAGGGCUAUUUGAUCAUUUCUGCCUUGGAACAGUGUCCUGGAAGAUGCCCCAGAGUCUGCAAACCUGUUCAGAUAAUCAGGUCUGCAACCAAGCUCAACCCUGCUCCCCAGCCAAAACAGGAGCUGCAUUUCUAAGUUUGCAAUUUAAAUCAUGAGGCCACAUGAGAUUUGAAGCAACAUCCGGUCAUAAAGGGCUAAUGACACAGAAAAAUAAACUACACCCACUGCUGGUUUUACACAUCUCUGUCCUUCUUGACCUUGUUAAAUAUCAGCAAAGACUGUUCCCUCUCUUCAGAUAUCCUGGUUAAUGUUAAGAGCCUACACAUUGCCCUGAUUUCACAGUGCUGGUUUGCACACACACACACACAGAGAAUGGGGAUCAGGGAUUAAAUGAGAGGUGGUUUUGGUUGGCUUCCUUUCCUCUGUAGUUCAGCCUGGCUGUUGUCUCUAGCUGCAGCACUCUUACAUGCCAUCAUAUUCCACAAUAUUCCUUAUUCCAGCUGACAUAUAGCUGAGGCAAUGUUCCAUCCAUUUAUUUGCCUGUGACUUUCCACUCCUCCACAUGCAUUUUCUUACAAUGUGCUUUAUAAUAUUGUUUGUUUCCCCUUCAUGGGAACCCAAUAAAAUUUUAAUCCCAUGUCCUCAUUACAUUUCCUAUGCCUGGCACCCAACCCUGCAGCACACAGAAAUGCAAACACCAUGAAAGGUUGGUCUUGAGCCCAGAAUGAACACAGAUAUAAUGUUAGAUAUAUCUCAUGGGUCAGCAUAUGCUCAUCCUAGUAAACACCAGCUCAACUGCAGACCCUCCAUAUCUGCAGGGUGGUUUCACCAGGGCAAAUUCCUCAGCUAUGGGCUGAGAGUCAGCCCUGGGGACAGCCUCACUUCUUCACUUCUGUGCCUCUUCCUCGCAGAGGCUGAAUUAAAGGUUUCACCUCAGCCUCCCUGAUGCUGGUGCUGGCCUUUGCUUUGGAUGGGAAGGCAAGGAGAGACAGGUAAAGCAAUUGGGGAGCAAACCACAUGUUAACUCUGUGAAGGAAGUCUUGGUCUUGCUGAAAUAAAAUUAAUAAAUAAAUAAAUUUUAAAAAAUAAUAAAAAAAUUUAAAAAGACAUAUGCCUUUGGCUUCAGAAAGGCCAGGACUGCUCCUAUUUUAACACCCCCAAAAAUAGUGUGAACUCAAAAGUUAGAUAAGGCAGCAGUGUAGUGCUCUAGGGAACAGCACUGAGCUGGGCUCAGCUCUGCACGAAUUCACUGAUGGAACCUCAGACUUGCCCCCUUGCCAUGAGCUCUUGGGUUCUUGGCUUUGAAGAAGAGAGAUGGAUUCCUUUCUCCACAGCACAGCAGCCUUCAGAACUCCCAGCAUCCAAGGAAAACAGGUUCCUUUGAUUCCUUUGAAAAAUGCAUCCUACUCAUACCUGUGUCAGCAGAUGGAUAGAAGUGAUCCCUCCCCAGCACACUGAAUUACACAGCUGAAUAUAUCUCCACAAAAUAAAGUGCCUGUCUCCCAUUUAUUUGCUCAGCCAA